AUGAAUAAUGAUAACAAUGGAAGAGACCCAAACACAUCACCCGCCCUAAGCAAAUCCAGUCAAGAACUAGACUUUAAGGAUGAAGAGGAUGAAAGGCAGGAUAAAUAUUCAGAUACUUGCAGCCUCCUCUCCGAGGACUCUGUCUUCCCAGACUAUGAAGAUGCUCCAUCUGACAGUGAGGAACACCAAGCAGUCACAUUGUACUGGUGCUGUGUCAAGAACAAUGCACAGCUAUUGCAGGAUAAACUUAACAGCGGGGUGACUAGGGAAGAAGCUAUGGAGUUGGAUAUCAACGGAAAGAACGGCCUCUUGGUAGCAUGUUUCCGAGGUUUCAAAGAUAUUGUCAUUCUUCUCAGUAAAUGCUCCUACAUAGAUGUCAACCACCAGGAUAAUGAUGGAAACACAGCACUUAUGGUGGCAGCCCAAGCAGGACACAUUACUAUUUUGAACUACCUUCUGAAUUACUAUCCAGGAGUAGACAUUGAGAUGCAGGAUGACCGAGGCCUGACUGCACUCAUGAAGGCUGCAAUAAGAGGGAAGAAUGAUUGCGUUGCAGCCUUGCUCAUGGCAGGAGCUGACAUUGCUGCUGUGGACCCCGUGAAAGGAAAAACUGCACAGGAAUGGGCAGCCAUGACUGGAUGCUUUGAAACUAUCAUGCGGAUCAGAAUCCUUUUACAACGCCCCUGUGCCCAGCAAUUCUCUAACAAGUACUUGCCAGAGUGGCCCCAUCUGCCUGAACUGGUGGCCCAAGCGACGGCCUCAAAAUCCAGAGCCAAGCGUCUGUCUGAUCACAUUUGCUCCAUGUUUACCAUACGUUUCCCACAAGACCCCGAGACAGAUGGGGUGAUGGACCACAUGGUGCGCAUGACCACGUCCUUGGCCAGCCCGUUUGUGACCACGGCUUGUCAAACUCUCUGUCCUGACAGCCCACCGGAAUUAGGCAAGCAGAGACACUCAGUGCCAGAAAUACUCAACCAAUAUGUACCUGAUCCCGAUGCCAAAUCAGUAAACAGCAGAUCAUGCAGCAGUAGCCAGUUCAGGAGCCAAACCCUGAUACCCUAUCAAUCCCCUAGUCCCAUUGAGAAACUUCUGUCCCUUCCUAUGCGAUUCAACAGCACGAUUCCAAAAAUUAAGUACACCAAGUCUUCUGCCCAGUCAACUCCCGAAGAGAACAAACCGCCCAAGGUUAAAAACAAGAAUGCACUGCAGGUGCCCAAGUGGCGAUACAAGGAGCUUAAAGAAAAGAAGAAGAACCAAUAG